UAUAACAAUUUACUAACGAUAUGACGGUUUAUAUCAAUGAUAUGUUUAUAUAACAGUUUUUUUACAUUGACGUCGUCACAUUUUCUCUUUGCAAUAUCGUAGAUUAUAUAUUUUCGAAUAGAGAAUUUCGGAUACAAAAAAGAUGGUGAUUGCUAUUGGUUUUGAAGGCAGUGCAAACAAGCUGGGUGUUGGCAUUAUUAAAGAUGGCAUAGUCCUGUCCAAUCCAAGGGACACAUACAUAACUCCACCUGGCCAAGGUUUCCUUCCACGUGACACUGCCAAGCACCACCAGGCUGUUGCCCUCGAUGUUCUACAUAAAGCACUUGAAGAGGCAAAGCUCUGUCCCGAAGACAUAGAUGUGGUUUGCUAUACUAAAGGACCAGGCAUGGGCGCCCCUCUCGUUUCGUCAGCAUUGGUUGCCCGGACUGUUGCCCAGCUAUGGAACAAACCAAUAGUUGCUGUGAACCACUGCAUUGGCCACAUAGAGAUGGGUCGCCUUGUGACAGGAGCUGUGAAUCCCACUGUGCUGUAUGUCAGUGGAGGCAACACCCAGGUCAUAGCUUAUUUGCAGAAACGGUACAGAAUAUUUGGUGAGACUAUUGAUAUUGCUGUUGGCAACUGUUUGGAUCGAUUCGCCAGAGUUCUAAAAUUAUCCAAUGACCCCAGCCCUGGAUACAACAUUGAACAGCUAGCUAAAAAGGGUACCAAGUUUCUGGAGCUGCCCUAUGCAGUGAAGGGUAUGGACGUCUCAUUCUCAGGGCUGCUUUCUUACAUUGAGGAGAAGGCUCCUGAUUUGAUGGAGAGAGGAGAGUACACAGCCGAGGACCUGUGCUUCUCGCUACAGGAGACCGUGUUUGCUAUGCUGAUCGAGAUCACUGAGCGGGCCAUGGCUCACUGCGGCUCACAGGAGGUCCUCAUUGUGGGCGGUGUGGGAUGUAAUGAACGCCUUCAAGAAAUGAUGGCAAUCAUGGCCAAAGAGAGAGGAGCCACAUUAUAUGCCACCGAUGAGCGGUUCUGCAUUGACAACGGAGCCAUGAUUGCCCAGGCAGGGGCACUGAUGUACCAGUCCGGACAGACCACUCCCCUGGAGCAGACCACGUGUACACAGAGAUUCCGAACAGAUGAAGUUGAAGUGACCUGGAGGGACUGACACAAUAUGCAGUGCUCAAUUGGUUUUGAUAAAACUUGAUUUUUUAAUGACCCAAGCGAAUGAAACCUGAUGAGAAAGUCAUUGACGUUGAAACUGGACGUCAGAAUUUAAACUAUAUAUAAUUAUAUGCCUAGCGUAUAGAAAAGCGGCAUUGGCAAACAGCAAAGACCCAGAUGAGACGCCGCAUGAUGCAGCGUCGCAUCUGGGUCUGUGAUGUUUGCUUAAACGAUUUUCUGUAAGAAAUAUUCUAAAUAUUGAAAUAAAUAUACUAGAAAUCCCUAAUUUCGGAAAUAAAUUGAUCCAAAUUAGAAGGAUGGGAAAUUACAUUAGGCAUAAAUGGGUUAAACAGAGUUUUGAAACUGUUAAAACCAAAAUACCGUGCGUAUGGCAGUGGCCUUGACCUGUGACUGUUUGAUCUCUUGACACGUCAUUGCCUUUAAAGGGCAUUGUUUAUAUAAUGUUUACAUAAGAAUCUCUUUCUUGGAAAACUCGGCAUUAUGCAUGUGCGUAAAGUGUCGUCCCAGAUUAGCCUGUGCAAUCCGCUAAUAAGGGAUGACACUUUCUGCCUAAACUGCAUUUUGCUAAGAAGAUACUUUCUUUAAUCGUAAAAUAUCAUAAAAGCGGAAAGUGUUGUCCUUGAUUAGCCUGUGCGGACUGCACAGGCUUAUCCAGGAUGACACUUUAUGCACAUGCAUUUAACCCACUUUUAACCCACUUUUCCUAGAACUGGGCUCAGAUGACUGAAGGAGUUGAAUCUUCUUCACUGGCCACGAGUACUUGUAAACAUUAUGAAAUAUUUAAUAUAGGAUUAAACUCACAUGUCCGAUACCUUGUACAUGCAGAAGACAGCAACAACUGUAAAUGAGAUGUUUUAAUACAAAUACUAUAUGUA